AUGGUCUCCAAACGCCGUCAACGCUCGCUCCCAAUGUCGCUUCUGCUCUCCGUGAUAAAACACCAUUUGGGAGACCUCCACGCCUGUAAAACGAAGAUUAAUGACGCCCAUUUACCUCUCGACAUUGUCUACGAGAUAGCCGAGCGUCUGGAAAACACAGAAGACAUCCUACAUUUCAGUCUCGCGUCCUCACGCAUUUACAACACGCUUCUGCCUGUCCUAUAUACGUCCGUCGACCUCCGGUCCAGCCAAUCAUGCCAACGCACUCUGACAACUUUCCUAACUGAGUUUAAAUCCAAGGCACGCUUCAUCCGCCACCUUGUUGUGCGUCCCAACCACCGGUCUCAACAACAACAAUACGCCACCCCCAUCGAUGAGCACUGGGUCGUUCAAUGCAUUGUCAAACUCGCCAACUCCGGCCGUCUCCCACGGCUUGCCUCGUUUUUCUGGGAUGGCUCUGAAAUGCCGAUAGACGACUCAUUGUGGGCGACAUUGCGUGCCUGUUGCCCUCAACUGCGCGGCGUUGGAAGUAACGUUGGUCCGAAAUGCAUCAACCCAGCCAGCGAGCUUUUUCGUUUCGAUGACCUCACGGCCUUUGCAUUGACGGCCAAGACACUUCCUGACGAGUGGGACACCUUUCUUCCCCCAAACCCAGAAUUGCCUGAUCAACUGUGGGAGAUGCUACUUGAUCGCUGUCCGCGGCUGGAACAGCUGCAAAUCGAGGUAUCUCAACGCUCUCGCCGCGUUUGGGACACGAGGCGCGUUGUCCAGGGCAACUGGCUGAUGCUGCGUGACCUCAAGUUGGGCGAAUGUAACAUGGCGGGCCCCAACCCGUCACGGUUCGGCAUGGAGACUCCGUUUAUGCGAUUUUUGGUUGCGCAUCCAGCGCUGGAGCGAUUGCAGUUGCCUUCGUUAUCGGCUUUCCCAAGGGCGAUGAUCCUUCCCCCCAACUCGCUACCAAAACUGCGCGAAUUUUCGGGAAAUGCCACCCACAUCCGGGGUCUCUCCAAUCUCGCCAACAUCCAGACCCUCUCCCUUGCCCACCAACCGCUGUCCAACAAGGUGUUAUCACUCGUCUGCGGCACAUUGAAACACAUGCACUCGCUCGACUCGCUGUCCGUCUGGCUGCAUCUCGAUUCGCAGACCGAUCACUACGCUAUCUUCCGCAAUUUGUUGUGCUCGUGUCGGACCGUCCGACAUCUUGAUAUUGCCUGUUCAGAUUCCCCUUGGGACAUGAGUCAAUUUAUCUCAGCGCUUCGUGGCGCCAGCAUGAAUUUGGUGACGCUAACUCUGACACGGGUUGAGCACGCCACUGGUGGGCCUGACUUGCACAAAGUUGCCUUCCAGCUCGCUGUCGCCAGCCCCUCGUUGCGCAGAAUCGCGUUGCGAUACUCGUUCACAACGUGGGUCUUCAUGGACAGCAUUCCAUUCCAACAAACCGCCGACUUCGUUGUCAAAUCCGACAAUGGCGGGCUGGAUGUGAAGGAGAAGAAUGCCGCUUCGCGUCGGUCUCCUUCUGUGAAGCUACACCUACCAAAAUGGACUUGA